AUAUGUUUUUUUUUUUUUUUUAAAGUGCAACAUUAUUGCUUAUUGCCAAGGCUUUCGGAUUACUGGAAGAGCAGUUCAGUUUGGCUAAGACACUGCUCCGCUCUGGUGUGGGUGUUGGGUUGAUGGGGUCAACUCUGCCUCAGCCAUUCCCCUUCAAGUGGGAUUUACCAACUGAAGAACCCACUUUUCAUCUCAUCACCACUGCCGCUUCUCUUCGCCUCGGCAACCUUCUCCGCCAUCAGCUCCGCCUAGGGUUCCACCUCCGCUCCUCGUUCAAGAAACUCUGUCAUCUAUGUAAUGUGCCCAGAUUGAAUCAUGUAUGGUCUGAAACAAUUUCCAACUUCAUGGGAAUUGGCAAUUUUCGGUUUGCAAAUGAUGUUGUCUGUUCCUCGUGUUCAUCUUACUUUUGUUUCUUCAAUGGGGGAGAACAAAGAAAAUAUUUUGGAAAUGAGGGUAAUAGUGGAUCAUCCAAGAUGGAUACUUCCAGGAGAAAUUCAUUCAACACAAGGAAAUGGACCAACAUCCUUUUAGCUAUUAAUGUCUUAAUUUAUGUUGCACAACUGGCAACACAAGGGAAGCUCUUGCUUUGGGGAGCUAAGAUUAAUAGUCUUAUUGACAAAGGACAGAUUUGGAGGCUGGCCACAUAUUCUCUUUUGCAUGCAAAUAUAGGGCACCUUAUGGUCAAUUGUUAUUCUUUGAAUUCUAUUGGACCUACUGUGGAGAAUUUAAGUGGUCCAAGGAGAUUUCUUGCAGUUUACUUGACAUCUGCUAUUUCAAGUGCCGCUACAAGUUAUUGGUUCUGCAAAGCACCCGCAGUUGGUGCAUCAGGCGCAAUCUUUGGAUUGGUUGGUUCUGUUGCUGUGUUUGUCAUGAGGCAUAGAUAUAUGAUCAGAGAUGCCAAAGAAGAUCUGCAACACAUAGCACAAGUUAUUUUCCUAAACAUGGUUAUUGGACUAAUGUCAAGAGGCAUUGAUAAUUGGGGUCAUCUAGGAGGCUUGCUUGGAGGAGCAGGAGUGUCUUGGCUUAUAGGACCUGCAUGGAAGUACGAAUCUAUGGCCAGUGAUGGCCGAAGAAUAUUCUCAGACCAACCACCACUUUUUUACCUUACUGACAGAAAACAGAAACCUCAAUGAACCAGUUAAUGGAAGGCAGCCAUGCUAUUGCUGCCAUAAAUCUCUCCUGCAACAAUGUAGAUAGGUGUACUGGAAGGGUAACCCAUUGCCUUGAGGAACAUGGCUGCUUCUCUAGGGGUCAUUGGACAACCCUCCUGCCGUCGCCGUUCUUCGCUAUCUAGCUUUUUUUCCUUCCAAUGUCUAACAUUGUAUCUCAUAACCGUGAGUUCAUUGCUCUCUUCUACAGUCAGAUUUUGGAUGCAGCCUGUGAAUGCAAGCAUAUCUUUCUCAUACCUAAGCAAUCAAGAUUAUUAGGCUCAGAGUCUUUUUUGAGAGAAA